CAGUUUCUGUCGGGGAUAACUGCCUUGACACAACACCACUUUCCGCUGCACAGUUCGAGGUGGAAGAGCUUCGAAAGUAACGGCAUCUGGCAGUUUUGAAACCUUUUCUCUGAAAAAUGCCUCCCAAAUCAAUCAGAGAGUGUUUAGACGGGAUCCUGGGCAGCUUGUCCCAGGAAAACUUUGACAGGUUCGUCCAUAAGCUCGUGCAAAGACAGCAGGAGCCUCGCGUGCUGUUAAACAAGGUGGAGGGGAAACGAGACUGGGAAGUUGUAGAGGUGAUGAUCCAAACCUUUACUGAAAAUACAGCUGUGGAUGUGGCCAUGGAGUUACUGGAAGAGAUCGACCUCACCAGUGAAGCAGAGGAACUGGGUAAAUUAGCGCAGACAUGUAGAUAUAAACCAACAUCUGGUCCCAGUGAUGAGAAACACUUUGUGGACAAACACAGGAUGGCCCUGAUCCAAAGGCUGAGCCUGCUUGACCCCAUUUUAGAUGAACUCCUGGAUGAAGGUGUAAUUAAUUCAGAAAUGUACAGUGAGAUUAGAUUAGAGAAACAGACAAAACAGGACAAGGUGAGGAGACUUCUAGAUUAUCUCAGUAAAACUGGCGAUAAAGCCAAAGAUGUCUUCUUGUCGGCCCUCAGGGACCAGCAGCCGGAUCUCUUUUACUCUUUAGAAAAAGGCAAACUUGUCGAAUCAGCUGAUCGGUUUCGCAGAGAUGCAGAAAUCAAACAGCGUCUUAUGGAAACAUUAAAUCCUUUGAGCUACAUGGACUUUGAGAAAUUCAAGUGGUGGCUGCAGCACAUCACGUCCCAUCGGAUCUCAAAGAGAAACGUGGAGGAAGCGGACACGACACAGAAACUGGUGGAUCUGAUGGUAAAGAAACUUGGAUGGCGGUCUGUGGAAGUGACUGAGGAGGUUUUCAUGUACAUGAACUGGAAAUCUCAGAGGAACCUGUCAGAAAGGAGCCGAGGAGGCAAAGGAAAAGAUCCGCCUCUCCCGCUCCACCAGGAAGCAGACAUGGUCCAGAAGGUCCUGGAAACGCUGCAGCAUUUAAAAUAUGAAGAACGUAGAAGAUUUUGGUUGAUCUUGGAGUACAGAGACAGCCCAAGUUUCCCCAGAUUCCAAAGAUUCCAAUAUGAGAGGGACACUCCUUCUUUAGUUUGGCUGACUGUGCAGAGGUUUGGUGAGCGCACGGUGGAGGUGGUCAUGGAUGCUUUAAAGGAUAUUGACAGGAUGGACUUGGUGGAGAAGUUGUCAGAAAGCAUCUCAGCAUCUAAAGGAGCUUUAAAAAAGACCCUUCAAGCGCCUGAAAGCACAGCGGACUCCAGCAGCUGGACUAAACUUGAACCUGAGGUGAACAGCACAGAUGCAGGCGAAGCUCCCAGUUACAGCCUGCAGUCUGAAGCAGGACGCUUCGAGUGCAGUGUCUCUGGGUUACGCUGGGUCUGUAAGGAAAGGUCCAGCUUUAAGUACCAGUUUUGCUCCUGGGAUGGACACAUGGAGAGGAUGGAAAGCAGACAUUACGUUCCUGCAGGUCCUCUAAUUGACCUCACAGUCCUUACUGGGAAGUUUAAUGAGGUGUACCUGCCACACUGGGUCUGCAUAGAGGAUAAUCCUAAAAUACUGGACGAGUUUGCAGUCCUACACAUAGACGACUGUGGAGAUGUCGUGGAGAAAGUGUCUGAGGUCACACCGUCACAUGUCAAGUUAACAGAACCAAUCUUCUCUCCGAGAGCGGUCCUGAUGAAAGCCGGCGUUCCUGUGAAAUACAAGUGUAACGUGUUGAUAUAUCAGAUCAACACAGCUUUUCUCACACUGCAUGUUUAUCUGAUCCCACGUGAUCCUGGUCUCCAACAGAAGAUGGACCUCGAGAAAACUUCUUGUGGACAUAAAAUAAUCUCAAAGCCGCCUCCAACCAGAUCCCUGAAAAUGCGUGAGCGUUUCAUCCUCACAGCCAGUGUUGAGGAAGCAGUUAUCUAUCCUAGGGAAGCAGUAAAACUUAAAUAUCCCGCUGGAUCGCCAGAUUUCUACGAAGUGUACAUUGAAAAUCCAGACAGAAACUUCAACCUUGAACUCACUCCUGCAAAGGACACUCAGUCAGUGUGGGGGUGCGACAUUCGAAGAGAGGAAUAUGAAAGCUACACACAAGCUGCAGGGUCCUCAGGAGGAGCAACAGGCUUCAGUUCCAUGGCUGAUGUUGCGACAGCCUUGUCUGCAGCAGCUGGAGGGAACCCUGAGCCUGAAGAGGAACAUUUUGUAGACAAACACAUGGUGGAGUUGAUCCAGAGAGUGAGCCCCGUUGGACCCAUUUUGGAUGCCCUUCUAAAGGCAGAAGUUAUCCACCAAGAAACUUACAAUAAGAUACAACGUCUUGAUACCUCUGAAAGUCAGAUAAGAGAGCUCUACUGUGGUCCCCUGAAAGCUGGCAAAGCCUGCAAAGAUAUCUUCUACUCAGUCCUUCUGAAAACUGAACCACAUCUCAUCGCUGACCUCAACAAAGGAAGUAGAUGAGGAUAAAUCCGUCUCUCGGUCCAGGCGUUCCGGGUUGGCACAACGAACACUGCUUCUGUUUUGAUUCGCAGCGAUGACUGCUAAGUAGCCAAUAACUGGUAAACAUGUUUAAUCUCCUUUAUAUGAUCAGUAAAUAAUCACCAACGGAUUCGGUACAUUAUGGGUCUAUACGCAUUUUUUGCCAAAAACUGGGAAAUGUGAUUGGUCAGAGGAAUCGUCCCUCAGCACUACGAACAAAGUGGAAACGGUCAAGAAAAAAAGUACAGGACAUAAAUAUUAUUAUUUUCCACGGAUCUGUGUUAAAAUGCAUUUUCAGUAUGACUCUACACAUUUUUGACACUGUAUUAAGUAAAAAUUGCAGAUUUUGAGUAUUUCCCCAUCAAAUCCAGGGCAGAAACUUCAGGUGAGGCGGUAGCAAGCUGUGCUUCCUCUCGGCUGCCCGGUCCAAUUUAAACUGGGUUGCAUGACGCAUUCUGGUCCUCAGCUUAUCGCCAAUAUGAACAUCACAGAAAUAUUUGUUAUACACCAUGACUCUCCACAGUCUGUGUAAUGUCUUUAAUGUGUGUGAGAGAAUUAUUCCUGCUGAUCUACAAUGAAGUGCAAGAAAAGUCAGCAGGUGAGGCAGGCAGUACUUUGCCUCACCACAAGGGGGCGCACUCACACACCCACACACUGUGUUGUGAUUGAAAGAGGGAUGUGAAGCAUUACCAGUAGUUGCAUGCUGUUGGAUGAAUAGUAAAAUAAGAUUCUCUUUUCAGUUCUUCUAAUUGUAAAUGUGACUCCAGCCUUGAGCCUCACCACAUGUCACUGAUGUCUGUAAAAAAGGUUUUAUGUAAAUAUUUAAAUGUUUUUCUGUAUUUAGCUCCAGUAUUAAAGCCAGUACUGGAUUUCCAGUACUGACUGCUGUUUUUUUUCCCUCCUUUUUCUGCUGCAAGAGUUACAUUUUUUUCCCUUUAUGACAAAUAAAACUCUUAAGUUAU